GAAGAAAACCUACGAGUUUGUGAGAAAAAAGCAGAUUUAUCUCAAUUUAUGAGAACACCUAUAAAGCUUCGAUCUAAACCUAAUUCAAAAAAUUCCGAAUUUUCAAACCUUCAUCCUCUCUUUCCUCAACUCAGAAUAAAAAAGUACAAAUUUAAAA